CACCACCGCCGUCACUUCGCAGCCGAGCGAGCCUCCGUGCCCGACAUUAUCUUCAUCCUGACUCCGCAGGAAAGGAGGCUGAAAUGACGGAUGCAACCAUGGAGGCAACACCCGGGGACGCUUUAUUGACACCAGAGGAGCCGCUUUAAGUUUGCUGGAGGGAAGCAGAUGCGUGUGUCCCCCUCUUUACUUUCAUCGACCCCCUCCUCCUCCUCCGCUGGCAGAAAUUUAUAAAGAACAAAAAAUCCGACGAGGGAGGGAGGGAGAGGGUAGAUAUGCGCCGAGGCUGAAAUCGAGAGGCGAACCCAGGGAAAGAGGAGUAUUUUCUACACGGGACUUUCCCCCUCUUAGUACCCCAAACGGAGGGGGAAAAGUCGCAAUAUUGGCAACGAGAAGGAAUGGGCUUCUAAAGGCGUGAAAACGUCUACAAUUGUGGAUACUUUCUAUAUUUUUAUUUCGAAAAAAUAUGGCCGAGAACGUUCUGGACUCUGGCCCGCCUUCAGCCAAGAGGCCUAAACUCUCCUCUCCGGCACUUUCCGCCUCCGCCAGCGAUGGAAAUGAUUUUGGGUUUAUAGACUUGGAGCAUGCUCUCCCGGAUGAACUUAUCCUCCCCAGUGAACCAGUUCUGGUCAAUGAUGGGGACCUUAACCAGCUGAGCAGCAGUUUGCAAAGAGGACCUGGGGGUCUGGGUGCUGCAGGUGGCAAUGGGACAGCAGGAGGAAUGGGGCUGGGCUUCGGCCCAGGCCCUGGAGGGGAUACCGGGGUUGUUGGCGGAGGCCAGGAUGCAGUGGCUAAGCACAAGCAACUGUCAGAGCUUUUGCGUACAACCACAUCAAGUCAACAAGGGCAUCAAGGAGCCAUGGGAAGCCCCGGGGGCCCUACAGGGAUGGGGCAACACCUAGCGAACAUGAAGGCAUCCUCAGGUCAAGGGCCUCAGCAGAUGAUGGGCCAGCAGCAGCACCUCUCCACUCAGCAGCAGGCUAACAUGAUGCAGCAACAACAGACUGGAAUGAUGGGCAACAGGGGCAUGAUUGGUGUGCAGCAGAAAGCCAAUAACGGACAGCAGCAGUCGGGUAUGAUUGGGAACCAGGUGAUGAACGGCUCCCCCAGGAUGGGCUUCGGCAAUCAGGGGAUGGCUGGCAGCGGCAACAUGUUGGCCGACACUCUACAACAGCAAGGAGCUGGGGGGCAGGGAGCGUUGAGGGGACAACAGCACGGAGCGAUGAACAAGCCGGGAAUGAUGGGGAACCCGGGCGCCUCAUUUGGAGGCCCAUAUGGGGGUCAAGGAAGUCAAGGUCUGGGAGCUGCAGGGCUGGGCCCUCAACUCCAGAACAAAGGUCCGAUGGCCAACAGCCUGGCCCAGUUCAAUGUGGACAAGAAGAACCAGCCAAUGCAAGGAAUGGGUGCCAUGCCGCAGACAGGCGUGGGCGGUCCAACAGGUGCACCUGUGGGGGGAGCCCCGGGGAUGGUCCCCAGUGCGCAGGCAGGUCUGGCGGGCUACAACGCUCAAGCCUCUGCAGCGUCGGCGGCGGCCGGAGCGCCGCCCACGGCCGACCCUGAGAAGCGCAAGCUGAUCCAGCAGCAGCUGGUACUCCUGCUUCACGCACACAAGUGCCAGCGGCGGGAGCAGGCUAACGGAGAGGUGCGGCAUUGCAACCUGCCCCACUGUCGAACCAUGAAAAACGUCCUGAACCACAUGACCCACUGCCAGGCUGGCAAGUCUUGUCAAGUGGCUCACUGUGCGUCCUCCAGACAGAUCAUCUCCCACUGGAAGAACUGCACGCGGCAUGACUGUCCCGUUUGCCUGCCACUGAAGAACGCCGGGGACAAGAGGAACCCGCAGUGUGAGUCUCUUCUCAGCGUCGCUAGUUCAGGACUGGGAAGCUCGCUGGGUUCUCUCCCAGGCAGCCAGCCCAGUACUCCGAACAUCAACCCACCCAGCCAGAUUGACCCCAGUUCAAUAGAGAGAGCCUAUGCUGCCCUGGGGCUCACCUACCAGGGGAACCAGAUCCAGAGUCAGCCUGGUCAACCCAACAUGUCCGGCCAAGGGCAGGCCGGCAUGAGGCCUCUCAAUCCAAUGGGUGUUAAUCCGAUGGGAGUGAACGGUGGUGUGGGUGCCUCACCUCAGAGUCAACAAGCCAGUUUACUGCAGGACACCAUGAUGCAUCUAAAUGUGAAUAGCCAAAGUUUGAUGAAUGAUGCUGUAGGAGUUGGCUCUAUGCCCACAGCAGCCCCGCCCUCUGCCACAGGUAUAAGGAAAGGCUGGCACGAAGACAUAACACAGGAUCUCCGAAACCACUUGGUGCACAAGCUUGUCCAGGCCAUCUUUCCGACUCCGGAUCCUGCUGCGCUCAAAGACCGUCGAAUGGAGAACCUGGUGGCCUACGCCCGCAAAGUUGAGGGAGACAUGUACGAGUCGGCCAACAGUCGAGCUGAGUACUAUCACUUGCUAGCAGAAAAGAUCUAUAAGAUACAGAAGGAACUAGAGGAGAAAAGGAGGACACGGCUGCAGAAACAAAGUCAAGCCAUUGGACCCGGUAUGGGUCAGCCCCCGACUGGAUUGCCUCAGAACGGUCCACUCCCUGAUCCAUCAAUGGUGCGACCGCCUGGACCCAAUCAGAUGGUCAACAGGAUGCAAGGCCCAGGUAUGAACCAGUUCAACCAGAUGGGGAUGCCAUCUAUGGGUCAGAGGUCCACACCCCCUCUUCCCAUUGGCAACCAGCUCGGAAUGGUUGGGCCCAGAGUGCCACAGCCCAAUGUCAACCCACUCCAGAACCAGUAUCUGUCCCAUGGACAGUUUCCUGGGUCAGGGCCUGGAGUUGGAGCACCUCAGCCUGGAAUGGGCCAGCCUGGAGCCCAGGGGGGUAUGGCACAGACACAGAUGGGAACUCCUCCGUCCCUCUCGGUGGCUAGUCCUCUAGGACAGCCUGGUUCAGUCAGCGGUCCCAACGGGGUCCCCUCUGUGGGGCCGAUGGGCCCGCAGAGCGUGGGAGGCUGCGGUCCAAACUCCUCUGUUGGCCCCCCUGCUUCAUCUGUGACUUCAUCCAACCCGAACCAGCAAGCCAACUCCAUCCCCCAUUUGGGACCCAUGCGUGGCAGCUCUCCCUCCCCUGCACACAGUCGAUCCCCCACUCCCCAUCAAACGCCUCCCAGACUAGCAGGGUCCCAGACACCACAGCCACAUACCCCUGGAGCUCCGCAGUUGGCCCCACCCUUAUCCCUGCAGCAGAAUCCGCUCAGCCAGGGGCCCGGAUCCAACAAACCCCUCCAGCAGCAACACAUGGGCCCCUCUGGCUCAACCACUCCUUCUCACCCCGGACUGUCCUCCAGCUCGACACCGCAUGCCGGACAGCUGCCUCGCACUCCGUUGUCCCAGAAGGGCUCCUUCGCAGCAGACAGUCAGGCGAUGACUCCAGCGUCUGUCAGCAGUCUGGACGCUUCAUCUCAGCAGCCUCAGUCGAACACCUCCGCCACCAACCUGGAACUCAAGAUGGAGGCCAAGCAUCAGGAUGAGGAGGAGGAGAGCGACCCAGGCAGUUGCUCCAAAGGAGGGAAGCUGAGCAACCACAAAACGGAGGAAAAGCUUGUGAAAUCAGAAGUGAAGAAGGAGGAAUGUUCUGGGGACGGGGGUAAAGGAGUCCCUAUGGACACAUCAACUCCGCCGUCGGCCGUGAAGACUGAAGACAAGAAACCAGAGGUGAAGAAAGAGGUGAAAGAGGAAGAGGAGGGUUCAGAGGCCGCUGUUCCACAGGCGCCUGUGAAAAAGAAGAUCUUCAAGCCCGAGGAGCUCCGUCAGGCCCUCAUGCCUACGCUAGAAUCUCUUUACAGACAAGACCCAGAAUCUCUGCCGUUCAGGAUGCCUGUCGACCCACAGCUGCUCUGCAUACCUGACUACUUUGACAUCGUGAAGAACCCGAUGGACCUGUCAACUAUCAAGCGAAAGCUAGAUACAGGUCAGUACCAGGAUCCGUGGCAGUAUGUUGAUGACAUCUGGCUGAUGUUCAACAAUGCCUGGCUGUACAAUCGCAAAACAUCACGGGUCUACAAGUUCUGCUCCAAGCUGGCCGAGGUGUUCGAGCAGGAGAUUGACCUGGUCAUGCAGGGCCUCGGCUACUGCUGCGGGAAAAAGCUGGAGUUUUCUCCACAGACGCUGUGCUGCUAUGGGAAGCAGCUGUGCACCAUUCCCAGAGAUGCGGUUUACUUCAGCUACCAGAACAGUUCACCAACAUUUGGGCUUCUUGCUGACAGGUACCACUACUGCGAGAAGUGUUUCAACGAGAUCCAGGGAGAAACUGUUUCUCUGGGCGAUGACCCCACCCAGCCACAGACCCUCUGCUUUAAUUACAGGUCAAUAAACAAGGAUCAGUUUGAGAAAAAGAAAAACGACACACUGGACCCUGAGCUGCUGGUUGAAUGUACGGACUGCGGACGCAGGAUGCAUCAGAUCUGUGUUUUGCACAAUGAAACAAUCUGGCCAUCUGGAUUUGUUUGUGAUGGCUGCCUAAAGAAGACAAAUAAGACGAGGAAGGAGAACAAGUACUGUGCGAAAAGGUUGCCCCAGACUAAGUUGGGUAGUUUUCUGGAGACGAGGGUGAACGACUUCUUGAAGCGUCAGGCCAAUCCUGAAUCUGGAGAGGUCUUCAUUCGUGUCGUCCACGUCUCUGACAAAGUGGUGGAGGUGAAACCAGGAAUGAAGUCCAGAUUUGUGGACAGCGGCGAGAUGUCCGAGUCGUUCCCCUACAGGACAAAAGCCCUUUUUGCAUUUGAGGACAUUGAUGGUGUAGACGUCUGCUUCUUUGGCAUGCAUGUUCAGGAGUACGGAUCUGACUGCCCUCAGCCAAACCAGAGGCGAGUCUACAUCUCCUACCUGGACAGUGUACACUUCUUUAGGCCUCGCGCCCUAAGAACAGCAGUUUACCAUGAAAUCCUCAUCAGCUACUUGGAAUAUGUCAAGAAGUUGGGUUACACCAUCGGUCACAUCUGGGCUUGCCCUCCCAGUGAAGGCGACGACUACAUCUUCCACUGCCAUCCUCUGGAUCAGAAGAUCCCAAAGCCCAAGCGACUGCAGGAGUGGUAUAAGAAGAUGCUGGACAAAGCUGUAGCAGAGCGGAUAGUGCACGACUACAAGGACAUUUUCAAGCAGGCGACAGAGGAUCGUUUAACAAGUGCCAACGAAUUGCCUUACUUUGAGGGUGACUUCUGGCCCAACGUGUUGGAGGAGAGUAUAAAGGAGCUCGAGCAGGAGGAGGAGGAGAGAAAAAGGGAGGAGAACAGUACUUCUAAUGAGAGUAUUGAUGACACAAAAAGUGACAGCAAAAAUGCAAAAAAGAAGAACAACAAAAAGACAAGCAAGAACAAAAGUAGCUUGAGUCGAUCGAAUAAGAAGAAGCCAGGGAUGCCCAACGUUUCCAACGAUCUGUCGCAGAAGCUCUACGCUACUAUGGAGAAACACAAAGAGGUGUUCUUUGUGAUCCGGCUCAUCGCAGGCCCCAUGGCAAACGCCUUGCCCCCCAUCGUAGACCCAGACCCCCUGAUGGCAUGCGACCUUAUGGACGGCCGUGAUGCUUUCCUGACGCUGGCUCGGGACAAGCACCUUGAGUUCAGCUCGUUGAGGAGGGCUAAAUGGAGCUCCAUGUGCAUGCUGGUGGAGUUGCAUAACCAAAGCCAGGACCGUUUUGUUUACACAUGCAAUGAGUGCAAGCACCACGUCGAGACUCGCUUCCACUGCACAGUUUGUGAGGAUUACGACCUGUGCAUCACGUGUUACAACACUAAGGGCCACGAGCACAAGAUGGAGAAGCUAGGCCUGGGCUUGGAUGAUGAGAGCAGCAACCAGGCUGCUGCAACCACCCAGAGCCCGGGAGACUCCCGGCGUCUCAGCAUCCAGCGCUGCAUCCAGUCCCUGGUCCAUGCGUGCCAGUGUCGAAACGCCAACUGCUCCCUGCCUUCGUGUCAGAAGAUGAAACGGGUGGUCCAGCAUACGAAAGGCUGCAAGAGAAAAACAAACGGCGGCUGCCCCAUCUGCAAGCAGCUUAUCGCGUUAUGUUGCUACCAUGCUAAGCAUUGCCAGGAGAACAAGUGUCCGGUUCCGUUCUGCCUAAACAUCAAGCACAAGCUUCGGCAGCAGCAGCUGCAGCACAGGCUGCAGCAAGCCCAGAUGCUGAGGAGGAGAAUGGCCAGCAUGCAGCGAGUCGGCCAGCCACCGUCAGGCGGCCCGCCUGGGGGAAACAGUCUGCCGUCUCCAUGCGGCAACAACGGAGCAACCGGUCCCGCCACUCCUACAUCUGUUGGUACUCAACCUCCAACCCCGCAGACCCCCACCCCGGGUAACAUGCCCGCGCUUCCUCAGCCGCCAAUGGGUGGGAUUGUCAGUCCAGGUCAGCAACAAGGUGGUACGAUUCCUCCCCAACACCAUAUGCACCAUUUUCAGGCGGACGGGAUGAUGCUUUCUCCUCCACAGCAGCUGGUGUCACAGCUCCAGCAGCAGACGUCCAAUGUUCAGCAGCAGCAGCAGCAGCAUGCUGGUGGUUUGCCUCCAUACAACCCCAGACCAUCUGGACCGUCUCCUCUCCAUCAGUCGCUGGGGAAACCUGGACUCGGUCCAGCCACCCCACCCCAGCAGCAGCAACAAACCAACCAGGGACAAGGGUCCAUGCCUGUACAGGGCCAGCAGCAAGGGCCCCCUCUGGCUGCAGUAGAGACGGCCCUAAAAAUCCAACGGCUAGCAGAGACCCAAAGUCGCAUGGCUCAGGCCCAAGCACAGAUUCGUGGCUUGGGACAGGGUGGAAUGAUGCCCCAACAUCACCACCACCAGAACAGCCAGGCUCAGAUGGUAAUGCCCCACAUUGGGGCCCAGGGCAUGCCUCCCCAGGCUCAGGGAGUUGUUGGCAGGACUAUUUUAGAAACACAGCAACACGGACUCAUGGCUGGAAUGCAGCAAAGCGGAGCGCAGUCACAGUUGCCCCCGCAAGUUCAACAGCAGCUUCAGCAAACAAACCAGCAGUGGGGCCCCAGGGGGCCACCCAUGAACCCACAGACAAGGACAGGCAUGGUGGGUUCUAUGGCCCCACAGCAGCAACCUCCAAUGGCUCAACAGCAACCAAUGAAUCAGCAACAGCCCCAGGGAGGAAACCGAGGCUUAAUGCAGGUAUUGGGUGUUUCAGAAGGGGCGGCGGCCCCUGGGCCGAUUCAAGGAGGAGGUGGACCUGGAAACCUGCCCCAGGGAGCAGUUCAAGAUCUCCUGCGUACACUCCGCUCCCCAACCUCACCACUACAGCAGCAGCAAGUCCUCAACAUCCUCCGUUCCAACCCCACUUUAAUGGCAGCCUUCAUACGCCAGAGAACGGCCCGGUACCAGGGUGCUCAGGGAGGUCCUGGAGGAGCAGGAGGGCCGCCGACAGGGGGCCCUGGAGGUGUGAGGUUCCCAGGCUCUGCUGGAGCCUUGCCUAAUGUAGGAGGACCUGGAGGCAAUCAGCUUGGCAACUUGGACGGACAGCAACAGCUUAAUGUUAACCAGACAGGGAUGAAUAUGGCUCAGGGUGGAGCUGGGGGUGGAAAUGUGCCCACCAUGGCUCAGCUUCAGCAGCUACAACAGCAGCAGCAGCAGCAACAACAACAACAACAGCAACAACAACAACAACAGCGUCCAAUGUUGCCCGGGAAUCUACAGCAACAGCAGAUGGCCGCUCUGCAGCAGCAGCAACAGGGAGCAAUGCAAGCAGGGCAACAAGGCAACAUGGCAAGUAUGAACCCGCAAUUCAGAGAGCUGCUAAUGAGGAAACACCUGCAGCAGCAACAGCUGCAACAACAGCAGCAGCAGCAACAGCUGCAACAACAACAACAGCAGCAACAGCUGCAACAACAACAGCAGCAACAGCUGCAACAACAGCUGCAGCAACAACAGCAGCAACAGCUGCAACAACAACAGCUGCAGCAACAACAGCAGCAACAACAACAACAGCAGCAGCAACAGUUGCAGCAACAACAACAACAGCAGCAACAGUUGCAGCAGCAACAGCUUCAGCAACAACAGCAGCAGCAGCAGCAAAUGGCAAACCACGGGCAGUUCCAGCAACAAGCGCAAGGACAGCCGAGCUUUAUGCAACCCGGACAAGGACAGGCAGGGAUGCCUCCAUCCUCUCAACCACAGCCUACAGGCGGAGCGGUCGGGGUCCCGCAGCAAGGCGGACCACAGGGUGGGCCAGGACAGCUGGGCCAGCAGCAGGGGUACCCUAUGUCGCAGGUCACUGCAGCACUCCAGCAAAAGUUCCAGCAUCAUAUGCAGAUGCAGCAAAACGCAAUGGGCGGUCAUCAAGGACCGGAUAUCAGCGGCGGAGGUUCUGGAGGACCCCCACUCCAGCCUGGACAAGGUGGAUCCGGGGCGGGCCAACAGCAAGGCGGAGUCGGCGUAGCUGGCGGCGGACCGGCGUUGUCGCAGCUGGCCCAGGUUCACCAGAACCUCCAUCAGAGGGUCAUGCAUCAGGCGCACGUUGGAGGAGGCUCGCCCGGCCAGCACAGCAGUCCUAUGAGCCCCCAAAUGGCCCAGUCCCCCCACAUUCAGGGACAAGGAGGACUCGGUCCUGCAGGAUCGCUGGGCAGUCAGGUCCGGUCACCGCAGCCCUCACCCAGGCCACAGUCACAGCCCCCACGCUCCAGCCCCUCCCCACGCAUGCAGCCCUCCUCCCAGCCUCAGCCCUCGCCUCAUCGCAUUUCCCCACAGACCCAGACCGGCUCCCCGCACCCAGGACACCUCGCUCAGCAUCACCCCGGCAUGGCUCUGCCUCAGCCUUCGCAAGUCCAACAGGGGGCGAUGUCUCAGCAGCAGCAGCAGCCACCAGGUAGCUCUGUGGAUCCCAGUCAGUUCAGCUCUGACCAAAACUCCAUCAUGUCCCAGCUGAGCGGGAUGGCAGGGCUACACGGAGGUCAGGGCAGCCAGCCGGACAUCCUGGGGGGGAACAAUAACGGCAACAACAGCCAGGAGCUCGGGACAAACAUUAACCACAAUCUCAUGUAGCCUCGACUCCUGUCUGCGUUUGAGCUCUGUUGCCCCAGACGACAAGCUGCCAUAAAGGGACAGUGAGCUGGGGUUUUAGAAGUUUUUAUUUUCUAUUUAAACAUUUUUGUGAUGUAUAAAUACAAACUAAAGCUUCCUUCCUAUGGGAGAUGCGACUUAAAUCUUAGAAAUCAAUAAAUGAGUAAAUUAAAACAAUGGUAAGUUAUUGCUGUAAAUAUAUAUCUAUAUAUUUUUGCCAAUUGUGUACAAAAAGGCAGAAGGCUGGAGUUUCUGGCGGAGAUAUUUCUUCCUAAAUACGACAAUAUUUUCGGGGACUGAGUAUUUUGCCUUUUUAAGAUUUUUAGGAUUUCAAAUGUGGUUAAAAAAAGUUAGUGAAUUGUUAUGACGUACCAUAUAAAUAUAUAUAUAUUUUCCCCUCAAGGACCCUGUCAUGAUUGUAUCUGUGUUCCACAGUACGUUUAUGUUGUUCCCUCAGCAAAAGGUGAAAGGAACACCGACAUAUCUUCCGUUCCGGUGGGCUUCAGAACGCUGAACGCAGCUUUGUACAGGACUGCAGCAAAAUCCAGAUAUUUAUUUCGCUUAAGGAGGUUGUUUAGCUACCCAGGUUUGUUUUGUAGUCACGUUAGAGUCGGGGGGUUGUUAACGGUCAGCCUUUACAUCGUUCUGGGUGAUAUUUUUCACCUUUUUGGCCACAAAUAGCUUGGAAACCCAAAUGUCUGCGCUCACUUUUCAGCCUUUUUGUUAAUAUGCACACCUUCCCUACCCUGACCCCCUCCAUGCCGAUCACCUACAAAAUGUGGAGGAAUUCACGGCAGGUCGCCGGUUUAUCCCGUGAGGGUUGUAAAUACUUUCCAGCGCUGUUUUUUUUUAAUGUGACGUAUGAGAGAGAUGGAGCAGCAGGUUCCGCCUUCGCCCGCUACCUUAACGCUUUUCCUUUCAAUGAUUUCGCCUCUUUUGUUUCCGUCUUCAGCAACAAGGUUUGAUUUGUUAGUACUGUAAAAAAUAGGAAAUUGUGGACUUGGAUGCUGUCUUUUUUUUUGUUAAAAAAAAAGAAAAGAAAAAAAAAUCUAAAAAAAUGUAUAUAAAAAUCUGCAAUGUUUUUUUUUUUUUUUUUUUGCUCUUUUUACCCUUCUUUUCAUGGAAUAUGUGCUGUGUCUAAAACAAAGUGAGAGAAGUGCUCCUAAGCUACUGUACAGUAUUACUUUUUUUCUGUUUUCUAAAGUGUACAGUAUGGGUUGUUGUAGGUCACAAGCACCGAUGCGCCUUUUUUUUUAGUGUAUUUUUUGACAGCGUUUUGGAGAGGGUCGGGGCUAUCGCAACACACAGCGCCCACCUUAUUGUACAACAAAAAAACCUGCGUAAAACCUGCACAAAACGGAGCCAAAACAAGGGACGGAUGAGGCCUGACCUGAAAGACCUCAAAUUGGUUGUUCAGCAUUCUAUGGAGGGGACUGAAGACAAUUUUCACACGCUUACCAUUUGAUUUUCUCCAAAAGUUGGGCUUGCUGGGUAUGGGGAAGGAACACAUCAAACCAGGUUGCAAUAUAUCUUGAGACUUAUUUUAUAAAUAAUAAGAAAAAAACUAGGAUAAACUGUCUUUUAUAUAUAUAUAAAUAUAGAUAUAUUAUUUAAUUUUAUUUUUUUGGAAAUAAAACUUGAAGCUACAGGAAUUAUUAGAUAAAAAAUGUUUUGUUUUUCUAUUAAAGGUGUUUAUGGUGAUGCAAAAAGACACUGCAGACAGUUAUGUUUUGCCCCGGCGAGGCUUUGGAGUCCAUUAUACCAUCCUUUUGAUGAGAUGUUUUAUGUACAUGAAUAAAGUUGUAUACAUAUUGAAUCACUGUACAAACACAUGGCAACUGAACAAAUUUUGUCUUUUUGUUUUCCUAAAAAGAGACUGGAAAUAAGACUAUUUAAAAUUGUUUAGUAUUCAAAUGAAAGCGCUGACCACUUUUUUUCCUUCAAUUUCUUUUUUUUUUUUUUUUGUUCCUCUUAACAAUUGUGGUGCUUGCUGAGAGAAAGCAAAAAUAACUGUUGCUCCAUUUUUUUUAAGUUAUUUUGGUGGUCUGAUUGUUUUUUGCCAAUAAAUUAAUUGUACAAUAAAGUAUGUUUGUACUAUUGGAAACA